AUGACAUUCUUCAUGAAGCAUACUUUACUGGAUUUAUUAAAGCAAGUUCGACUUAACAGUAGAGCUACUACUAACAGCAGUGGUGGACCAGCAAAGUGGUUAGACGACGCUGUAACUUAUGCAGAUGUACAGACAUCUUUCGUGGAUCCGUGCACUUCAUUGCCAUAUCCGGAGAAGGAAUUACACCGAUUUUUAGAGAACAAAACGCCGAAGGUAAGAGGAAAGGCUGAUAAUAAAAUUGUUAACAAGAGAAGCAACAAUGGAAAGCUUGAUUUUAGCCAUAUACCUAUUGAAGAGCAAGUGGUUGUCUUAUUUCCAGGUCAGGGGACGCAGUACGUUGGCAUGGGUAAAAAAGUAGUGGACUGUAGCAAAGUAAUUGAUAUCUACAAAAAAGCAUCAGAAAUAUUACAAUAUGAUUUGCUGAAACUGUGCUUGGAAGGACCAAAAUCAAAACUCGACCAGACAGUUUAUUCCCAACCAGCCAUUUUCGUCAGUUCGUUGGCUGCGUGGGAAAAAGCAAAAGCAGAAAAUGAAACACUGAGUGCUCGUACGACCGAUGUAGCUGGUUUCAGUAUUGGUGAAUUUGCGGCAUUUGUACUUUCUGAAAUACUUUCUUUUGAGGAUGCUCUUCGAUUGGUGAAAAUUCGUGCUGAAGCUAUGCAGCAGUGUAGCUUACGAUAUCCUUCUGGGAUGAUAACGCUGCGAGUAAAUGCAGCUACACGAUUGGAAGAUGCGUUGGAAGACGCUAAAACCUAUGCCUGGGAGAAGGACGAGCUGCCCUUAUGUGAAGUAGCCAAUUAUUUGUUUUGUGGUGUGAAAGUCAUUGGAGCAUCGGAAAAUUGCAUUAAUUUUCUGAAUAAUAAUCAAGAGAAAUAUGUUUUCCAGGUGGUGAAAAGGUUGGACGUAAACGGCGCAUUUCAUACUACUUUAAUGAAAGAUGUUGCUAAUACACUAAAAAAUGCUAUCAAAGAUGUGAAAAUUAACGAGCAGCCACGAAUGAAUAUUUAUUCAAAUUAUACUGGUAAACUACAUAUAUACAACGAGAAACGGAUUCGUGAAGCAAUCGUCAAGCAAGUUUGUUCACCAGUUAAAUGGGAGCAAAUUCAACAAUUACUUCAUGCAAAACAUCAAGACUUCAAGUUUCCAACAUUUAUAGAAGUUGGACCAGGAAAGCAGCUAGGUGCGAUGCUUUUGAAAAUCAGCAAAAAAGCUUACAAGAACUACAUUAGCUAUACUGCAUAGCUCCAUUUUUAGACCAUAUGUUUAUUUCGCAACAUGUUUUUCUUGUAAGUCCG